ACUCUGAGCUUUGCAGCUUCUCAGAAAUUCUAAAGGCUUUGGCAUCACCGCCAAGCGACACUGCCUGAAAAAUGUCUAUAUCAUAUCAACCCAGCAAUAAUGCUACUGGCACUUGAGUAGAUGUCGCUGUUCCACUCGGCAGCCAAAACGGCGCCGUCUGAACUUUCCACUGAAGCACACUGAAGCGCGCACGUCAAAUGCCAAUUCAACUCGGCUGUUUGAACGAGACUUCACACAAUUGAAAAAAAUGGAUAAAAAUGAAAACAACCUACACGAGUCUACAGAAGAGUCUUCUGCUGGCACUUAUUGUAAAGAAAUCACACCUAUUCUGAGCAGAAACGCCGUGGAUCAGUCGAUUAUCAGCAAAAUAACCGAGGAGCUGAAGAUAAAGCGCCUGACGAUGGAGCUUGCAGAAAUGGAUGCAAAGAUCGCGACCAUUCAAAAACGAAUAGCCCGAGAUGAAAAACAAGGCGCAGAGCUGGACAGGCAAUUGCACAACGCCACUGAAAUGGAAGGGCAAUCAAUGCGCUGCUUUAAAAGAACCGACAAGAUGUUCACGGUGCUGGUGGAUGAGUGCGACAAGCUGAAAAACGAGUACAAAAACCUCGAAGGCCGACAGUUGGAAUUUACCACCAAGGUUGAGGAAUUGAUACUCAAAAAUCAGACAAUGCGGGAUAUGCAGCAAGAAAUCGAAAAUUUGGAGCAGCAAAUAAAAGAGAUCUUGAACGCUCCAAAACCUAGCCUAGACGAGAAUCUUGUCCAAGAAAAUCUUCAACUCCGCAUAAAGUAUCAAAAGCAGGUGCAAGAGAUAGCCAAUAAACGCUUGAAACAGAGCCAACUGGCAGAAUUAACGCACCGAAAAUGCAAGCUGUUGCAAGAAAUAUGUAUGGCGCAAACCAGAAACAAAGAACUCCAAGAAAAGGUCACCGCAAAGAAGCAAGUUUCCGAGAAAAACCGAAACAUGCUGCAGGCCAAGUUUGCCCAAAUCCAGGACAAAAUUGCCAGCAAUGUAAGUACGAGAAACGAGCUGCUGAACGGCAUUAAAGAAUCAGAAGAACGAGUAGAAGAUAUCACAUCAAAGAUAUUCUCGAAAAAAUCCCAACAUCUUCUAAUGGUUCAAGAAAAAAAACUAGAACUAGCCGAAUUGCUCUCCUCAAAACAGAGCGAGCUCGCCAAUGAACAGCUCAAGCGAGCGGAAGAACAAGACCAAUUAAAAAGCUUGAACGAAAAGAUGGAAGCUGAGACGCAGGAAGUUGACGAAUGGCAAACCAAAAAACAAGCCCUUGACAACCAACUGCAAUUUCUGAAGAACCAGCUUACAGAUCUUUCGACGAGCUUAGAAAAUCGCCUUGCCAAAGCCGAUGCUGACUCUAGGGAAAAGAAAGAUCUAUUGCUUAAACAACAUAGUUUGGAGGCGGGGAAAAUCGAGUUUUUAGAGUUGCAGCGCAACGAAAACUUGAACAAAGUUAAAGAUACUCAGAAGGAUCUAAAAAAACAAGAAACUCUGUUAAAGUGGGAGCAUAUGCAGUACCAGUUCGUGCAAAAUGAUGCUGCAAAGUUAGGGAUCGACACAUCAACUAUAAUUAACUCCCAGAAAACCAACAAGUAUACCACUAAUAUAAAUCAGGAAAAUAUGAAAGUGGAAGUAACUGAGAUAGAGGAAGACGAACUAACAAGCGGACAAAAAUCACCGGGAAUUUUAAAGUCGCCGGGCAGAGCUAUUUUUCAGAAAACGGACAAACACGUCAGUUUUGAGGGUCUGUCGUCCACGGAAUCCUCUACAUCGGGCGUGGCAACCAAAGACGGAAGGGCCGUAAAUCCGGAUCUAAAUGAGGAUGAAUUUGAUAAACUAAUCGACGAAUGGGCCAUAACUAUGCCAUCGACUAAAAGGCGUAAACAUUUUGAUUUUUGAAAACAUCUUCAAUUCCAAAUACGUACCCAGUUCAUAAGUGUUAUGUAUGUUUAAGUUGCUAUAGAUGGUAAAUAACUAGGAUAAGGGCUGAUUUGGUAAGUAGAAUACGAGAAGAACGACUAAAACUUCAAUAUCUAUUUGAAUAAAGCGUCUUCAAGUAACCUCGACCAUCGGUUAAGUACAUCUUUUGUUACAAUGCUGUAUCGAGUCACAACGAAAUGAAAAUGUCCUCACCUCUAAAUAAUAAAAAAUACAAUAAAAAACUAGAAGCCUCUUAACUUCUUCAAGUAAUUUUAAUUUUUUAUGAUGUACCCGCUAUGGUAUGUCCAGGUACAACAAGUUUGGCAGUUUCUUUAACAUUUUAAACGUGAAAUUGGCGUUGUUGAAAAUUAUUAAAUAACGUGUUGUCGCGUGUUCUAUGCUCACAAUAUUGUAGGGUCUGAAAUAACACCAGAUAGGUCAACAAAGGUUAAUUUGUUGAGCAGUUAUCUGUUUAAUAGAUUAAUGGUUAUAAAUGUACGUACGUCAAGUUACCUAAGUUUUGGGCAACUAGAGACUAAUGAAGCAACAUCUGCAACAGUAUUUGAUUUGAAACUAAUGGGUUUUUCGGGU